CGGCCGCCGCGAGGCCGCGAUGACCGACGGCGGAGCCGCCCCGGCCGCCCCCGCGCCCUCCUGGCGCCUCUGCGCCCUCCUGGCCGCCGCCGCCGCUCUGCUCGGCGUCCGGGCGGAGCCCACCUGCCAGCGCGUCCGCGCCGCCUUCCAGGCGCUCCAGCCCGGCGCCCGGGGGGUGCUCGAGAGUCCCGGGGCAGGGUCGGAUCUGCAAGUAUGCAUCCCCAAAGGUCUCACGUGCUGUUCCCGCAAGAUGGAGGAGAAAUACCAAGGCUUGGCUCGUUCCAACAUGGAGCAGAUUCUCCAGUCUGCCAGCAUGGAUCUGAAAUUCCUCAUUAUGCAGAACGCAGCCAUUUUCCAAGAAGCCUUUGAAAUGGCCGUGCGGCACGCCAGGAACUACACCAACUCAAUGUUCAGGAGCUACUACCGCCACGUAGCUGCCCGGGCUUUUAAAUUGGUGGGGGAAUUCUUUACCGACAUCUCCUUGUACAUCUUGGGCUCGGAUAUCAACGUCAAUGACAUGGUCGAUGAGCUCUUCGACAGCUUGUUCCCCUUGAUCUACCCGCAGGUGAUCAAUCCUGGAGCCCCCGAUGCUCCUGUGGAGACGGUGGAGUGUCUGCGGCUAGCCCGGCGAGACUUAAAGGCUUUUGGCCCCUUCCCCAAAAUCAUGAUGACCCAGGUGUCCAAGGCCCUCCAGGUCACCCGGGUCUUCCUCCAGGUGCUCAACCUCGGCAUUGAAGUGGUCAACACCACUGAUCACUUGAGGUUCAGCAGGGAUUGUGGACGGGCACUCCUGAAGAUGUGGUACUGCCCCCAGUGCCAGGACCUCCUCACGGCCAAGCCAUGUGCAGGGUUUUGCGGCGGUGUGUUGCAAGGAUGCCUGGCCAGCGUGGUGGAAAUCGACAGUUACUGGCGGGAAUACCUCCGCUCUCUGGAAGGAAUGGUGAAGGGCAUGAAGGGCACCUACGACAUAGAACAUGUCCUACUCAACCUCUUCUCUUUGGUUCAGGAUGCAAUCGCUUACCUGCGGAAGAAUGCUGGGAAGUUGGCGACAACUAUCAGCAAGCUGUGUGGCCCUUCCCAGCAGAGGCAACACCGGUCAGCUUGGAAUCCCAAAGACCGUGUGGCUGACCAGAGGACGAUGGGCGCAACUCUGGUGGAACCCCAAGAAACCCUGUCAAGUCGAAAGAGGGAACUCGUCGCAGAACUGCGGGCCCACAGUGGCUUCUACAGCAGCUUGCCCGAGUAUAUCUGCAGCCACAGUUCCACGGUGCAGAAUAACACGUUUUGCUGGAACGGCCACGAAGUCGUGGAAAGAUACAGCCACCCGCCCACAAGGAAUGGAGGGCGGUCUCAGCCGGGACAGCAUGAAAUUAAGGCCAAAGGGCCAGAGCCGGUCAUUAGCCAGAUCAUUGACAAGCUUAAGCACAUCAACCAGCUGCUAAAGGGAAUGUCUGCCUCUCGCCGAAAAAAUCUGGACCGCCUCGAAGAUGAGGACGGGGCGGAAAGUGGGGAUUGCGACGAUGAAGAUGCCUGCGAUGGGGCUGUGGCUUCUGGAGAUGGCGAGUUAAGAAUGAAGAAUCAGUUGAGGUUUUUGGCAGAGCUUGCAUACGACCUGGACAGCGAGGGGACUCCUUCAAACAAGCAGCUCGUGAAUCAGCAAAGCAAAGAAACUACAACAAGUCACAGCCUCGGUGCCAAGGAUCCAGUGCUGAAUCUUCAGCUGGUGGCCACUGUCCUAAUCUUGUGGCUUUUUCUGAUGGCCAAGUGACUUGAACUGACUCUUGACCACGGUCCAGGGUGAGUCCAUGAUGGUUUGCAUUGUGAAAAUGCCCUGCAAAUAUUUUUUGUCCUUCCGAGGCACUUGGAAAGAACAACUUCAGAAAUAUGACUGAAUUUUUUUUAAAGAAGGAAGUAAGCAUUUCCAAGAAGAGCUUGUUUUAGGUCUGGCAAAAAAGACCCAGUGCUUGUAUUUUGAAGAAUUCUCGUUCAGUUAUGAAAGGGUUAAAAAUACUCAACUUUUAUCACCAAGGAAUUUUGUGAAGAUGAACGUUUUCACACGGCUGUUUAGAAUGAUAAAGACGCAUGGCAUCCUCAAGUGAAUUGGAACGAGCAAAACAGUUACUGGAUUAAACUCCAUCAGCGAACUUUUUAAAAUACACUUUGUUUUGAUCUUGAGAUCAAAAACCCAGCCUGCAGGGGAAAUAGGAAAUAAUUCCAAAACAGAAUGGUUUUGCGGUCUGGAAGUUUGGUUCUGAAAUCUGGAUUUAGCAUUGCAUUAAUAUUGGUGGCAAAAUUGACAUGAGGGUGCAAUUUAGGUUGUUGACUUAACACUGGAUUCUGGUUAUUAAUGAGCUGCAUAUUUAUUUUUUAGAAGGUAGUCCGUUUUAGACAGGUCCUCAAUUGCAGAA